CAGAAAACCACACCCUGCCCUCGCAGAGCAGAAGAAGAGGGGGGGAAAAAAAAAAAAAAAUCCUUCUGACUGAUCCGGAAAGAAGCAAAGCCACGCCAGCGGCACCCGGACACUGCCGCGGCUGAGAGCGGGCUCAAUUCCGGCACAGCCGCGCCCGGGUGGGCCUGGGCUCCGUCCCGGGGACGGAGGCUCCGCUCUCCCCACCCCGGGAUCGCCCCGGUCCCGGCCCCGGCCCGGUUCCUUUCCCCCGCGGCCCGCACCGAGCCUGCGCGGCCUGUGCGCCAUGGCGGGGCCUGAGGGGCCCCCGACGCUGCCCGAGCCCCUGCGGCGGCGGCUCGUCUCCUUCAGCAGCUCCGUGUUCAGCGACAGCCACCGCGCCGCGUUCGGCGACGUCCCCCGCGGCCCUCCGGGCUUCCCGGGCUACCGCGCAGAUUGUGAAAUCCUUUCCAGUUUGCCACUGCAGAUGUCCCUCUACUUCAAUGUUUAUUUCUUCCCGUUUUGGUGGCUCAUCACAGUUGCCAUCCUCUACUUGAAGUAUCCAGUCUUAACAGAUUAUUACAAGUUCAUCCUGGUCACCGUCAUGAUCCUGGUCUCCCUGACAGAGCUCAUUCGACUCUACCUGGGAUAUGUUGGCAAUCUCCUGGAGAAAGUGCCUGAGCUGGCUGGGUUUUGGCUCCUGACUCUCCUCCCGCAGUUGCCUAUAAUUCUCUUCUUGCUAUUUAAUGAAGGUCUGAAAAUCCACUCUCUGGAGCGAGCGGUGCACAUCAUCUUUGCCGCCUUCCUCUCCUUCCAAGUGGUCGCAGCCUUUUUCACCCUGAGAAGGAUGGUGAACACUCUGGCCACUCGCUUCCGCCUGGCAGAAUUCCACCGCCUGGAGGAGCAGAGCCCCGUGCCUGGCGUUUGCAGCCUGGCCACAGGGAGCAGCUCCCGAGGCUGGUAG